GCCGCGCCAGUCACCGACCGACCUGCGUAGGAGACGGUUGCGCCCGCGCAUGUAUCGAUUUUUUUACGUUAAGUGUGUGACACCGUGAUUUUAGUGUUCUGUGAUUCAACUAUACUGUGUGUGUGUGUUACAGACGUACAGAUAUACGGAUGAACAACGAUUUUAAAGGAGUGAAUUAAUUACGCCUAAAUCGGUUUCUUCGAAAAUAUAAGUGGUGAGUCAAUUAUAUCACAUUCUUAUGGAUGGAAAGAAAAUGUCCAUUUGACAACAUCGUGAUUAAAAGACGACCAUGGAGGCGUCAUCAUCGGACUACAGUGACGAAGAAGUGGGGGUGAUAGCACGGGGUCAAAAGCUGUGGGUGCGGGGGGUCAGGUCGCACACCACCUGUGCGGAUAUCGUGAGGGCUUUGCAGGAUGCUCCUGAAGCGGAAUGUCUAAGCGAGCCAGGGGAAUGGGUGCUAGCGGAGCGAUGGCGCGGUGUGGAACGGCCUUUACCGCCCGAUGUGCCCGUGCUACACGUUCUGGCGGCAUGGGGAGAUGCGAGGCAUGAGGUCCGUCUCUCCCUCCGUCGGCUAUCCAGCGGCGGGGAGGACGACUCCGGGCGCGACAGCGACGGGCGGGAAGCGAAAGAAGCGCGGGGCGCGCGGCGCGGCCGGCCGCGGCGACGCGCCACCACACCGCCGCGGGACCACCCCGCGGCACGGCUCGUGUCUGUCAUACAGCACCAGAGCAGGACUAUACACCAGCAGCUGGACAAGCUUAGGGAACAAGAGAAACUAAUCGACCAGCUAGAAGACCAGACGCACAAGAGCAGAAUGGAGAAACACGGAACGAAUUACCUCCUCGAAUCUUAUUUACGAGAUCUCGGAAGAUGCAGCGAAGUCAACGACAGUCAGGCCGCCAACAGCGACAGCGGCGUCGGCGUCGGCAGCGGGACACCUCCCAGGAGACACACCAAACACAAAUCAAGGAGAGAACGGCACCUCAUGAGAGAACACUACUUUACGAAAGAACUCACAGACAUAUGCCAAGUUAACUCCGAAAGACUGACACAAACCCACAACGACACAGAUUCAGACGCGUCCUCCGAUGAACUAACCAAAAUACGAGAAGAAAUCGAACUCCUUGAAAAACUCGCAAUCAUCAACAAGAGGCUGCACCGCGAAGAGGAACUCGUCGUUCGACUGACCGCCAAAGUGAAACGAUAUACGGAUGAAAAUAAAGCGAACAGCUGCGAAAAUGUAUCACAAGUUGCAAUGCUGAUCGAUAAAAUAGAGGAGGACUUAGCGAAGACGGCAAAAGAAAUGCAAGAUAACACGAUAGAAUUGGAAAAAGCGGACAAAGAACUGGAGUAUCGGAUGAAACUGUUGGACGAAUUGACGUCACAGCUAGAAGAGGAAGAGUUACAGAACACUAUCUUAGAGCGGCAACUGAACGAAGCCUCGAGUCGGCAGCCCAUCGCCUUACAAGAUAGCUACAUCCCCGUCCUGGAUCAAAGCAAUCCUCCUGUCUUCACGUACACGGGCAACGGCUACGUCCUGGACACACUCGUAUGACAGACAGUACCACAAAUUUUGAUCCCAAAGAUGUAUUGAAAUUACCAUAAGCUUCCAGCGUGAUUAAGUCCAAAAUCCGAGAUAUAUUUAGUAUUAUUUUAGCGUAGGAAUACAUGGUGCUAAGAGUUUAUUGUUUAUAUAGCUAUAAUUAGUUUGUAAUUGUAUUUAUAUAUUGUGUCCCAUACCAAAAAUGUACAACAAAACCACCAAUCAUCGAUUGUAAUUGUUAGACCUAGUCAAUUGGUAAUACGACAAUAAGUUAGAUCUUCCACUUGUUAAAUAGACUAGAUUUUACUUAUGUAUGAAAUAAAUUUAUACCUAUACAAA